AUGUCGGAUUACGAGGUGACCCUCGUGAACGACAACAUGCGCGAGUUCUACGUCCGCUUCUAUGGUCCCGGAGAAACACCAUUCGCGGGCGGUAUAUGGAAGAUUCACGUAGAGUUGCAAGCGGAGUAUCCAUACAAGUCGCCAAGCAUAGGAUUUAUGAACAAGAUCUUUCAUCCCAACAUAGAUGAGCUGAGCGGCUCUGUAUGCCUGGACGUCAUUAACCAGACGUGGUCACCCAUGUUCGAUAUGAUCAACAUAUUUGAGGUGUUCUUGCCGCAACUAUUGCGGUACCCUAAUCCUAAUGAUCCACUAAACGGCGAAGCUGCCGCGCUGAUGAUGCGACACCCGAAGGAAUACGAGGCCAAAGUCAAGGAGUACGUACAACGUUUCGCAACCAAGGACAUUGUGGAUGCCACAGAAGACUGCAAUGAUGACGAAGCAGACGAAGAGAUGAGCGAUAUCGGCAGCAUCAGUGAGGACGAAGAGCAAGAAUCCUGA